UUGGAAGAAGCCAAGAAGAUGGAAAUGGCCAAGUUCCGCUACAUCCUGCCAGUGUAUGGCAUCUGCAGGGAGCCCGUGGGGCUGGUCAUGGAGUACAUGGAGACGGGCUCCCUGGAGAAACUGCUGGCCUCAGAGCCACUGCCUUGGGACCUGCGCUUCCGCAUCAUCCAUGAGACCGCAGUGGGCAUGAACUUCCUUCACUGCAUGAGCCCACCGCUGCUGCACCUGGACCUCAAGCCUGCCAACAUCCUGCUGGAUGCACACUACCACGUCAAGAUUUCCGAUUUUGGGCUGGCCAAGUGUAACGGACUAUCCCAUUCACAUGACCUCAGCAUGGACGGCCUGUUUGGCACAAUCGCCUACCUCCCUCCAGAGCGCAUCCGGGAGAAGAGCCGGCUCUUUGACACCAAGCACGAUGUGUACAGCUUUGCCAUUGUUAUCUGGGGUGUGCUUACACAGAAGAAACCAUUUGCAGAUGAGAAGAACAUCCUGCACAUUAUGGUCAAAGUGGUGAAGGGCCACCGCCCAGAGCUGCCACCUGUGUGCAGACCGCGGCCACGUGCCUGCAGCCACCUGCUGCACCUCAUGCAGAGGUGCUGGCACGAGGACCCGCGGGCACGGCCCACAUUCCAAGAAAUUACUUCUGAAACUGAGGACCUGUGCGAAAAACCUGACGACGAGGUGAGAGAAACAGCUCAAGACCUGGAUAGGCUCUCGGGAGUGUCUUCUGUCGAUUCUGCCUUCUCUUCCAGAGGGUCCCUGUCGUUGUCUUUUGAGCGGGAGCCUUCCACAGGCGAUCUGGGCACCACAGAUGUCCAGAAGAAGAAGCUCGUGGACGCCAUUGUGUGUGGGGACACCAGCAGGCUGAUGAAGAUCCUGCAGCCGCAGGAUGUGGACCUGGUGCUAGACGGCGGCGCCAGCCUGCUGCAUCUGGCCGCGGAGGCUGGGCGGGAGGAGUGCGUCAAGUGGCUGCUGCUCAAUAAUGCCAACCCCAACCUGACCGACAGGAGGGGUGCCACCCCGCUCCAUGUGGCUGUGGGGAGGCGGCUGCGGGGUGUCGUAGAGCUCCUGCUGGCCCGGAAGAUCAGCGUCAAUGCCAAGGAUGAGGACCAGUGGACGGCCCUCCACUUUGCAGCCCAGAAUGGGGAUGAGUCCAGCACACGGCUGCUGCUGGAGAAGAACGCCUCUGUCAACGAGGUGGACUUCGAGGGCCGGACGCCCAUGCAUGUGGCCUGCCAGCACGGGCAGGAGAACAUCGUGCGCAUCCUGCUGCGCCGAGGCGUCGAUGUGGGCCUGCAGGGCAAGGAUGCCUGGGUGCCGCUGCACUAUGCUGCCUGGCAGGGUCACCUGCCCAUCGUCAAGCUGCUGGCCAAGCAACCAGGGGUCAGUGUGAAUGCCCAGACACUGGAUGGGAGGACGCCCCUGCACCUGGCAGCCCAGCGAGGGCACUACCGUGUGGCCCGCAUCCUCAUCGACCUGUGCUCUGAUGUCAACGUCCGCAGCCAGCUAGCACAGACACCCCUGCAUGUUGCCGCAGAGACAGGCCACACGAGCACCACUAGGCUGCUCCUGCAUCGGGGUGCUGGCAGGGAGGCAGUGACUGCAGAGGGUUGCACCGCCCUGCACCUGGCUGCCCGGAAUGGACACCUCGCCACCGUCAAGCUGCUCAUUGAGGAGAAAGCCAGUGUGCUGGCGCGGGGGCCCCUGAACCAGACGGCCCUGCACCUGGCUGCCGCCCAUGGGCACUCAGAGGUGGUGGAGGAGCUGGUCAGCGCUGAUGUCAUCAACCUGUCCGACGAGCAGGGGCUUACCGCACUACACCUGGCUGCCCAGGGCAGGCACGCACAGACGGUGGAGAAACUGCUCAAGCACGGGGCUCACAUCAACCUGCAGAGCCUCAAGUUCCAGGGCAGCCAAGGCGCCACCACCUCCACACUCCUCCGGCGAAGCAAGACCUAGCCUGCUGCCUGUGGAGACCAGGGUCUGUGUGGGGCUAAUGUCCUGUUGUGCUCCUUGUGGGGAUGGAAUGGUGCUGCGCUGGGCCAUGCCACAUACCCCAUAGGUGGCUUGUCAAAACACUGUCCGAGCGGAGGCUGGUGGACAAGGUGACGAGGGUGCCAUCAGGAGCUGGAUGACUACUGAUGUCCGUGUUGCUCCCCAUGUGAAGUUGGUGCAAAUGCACUUGGCGGUCAACCCAUCCACUGAUCACAGCGCCUGGUGCUGGAAGGGAUGAUGGAUGUGUCAGAAUCAUUUCGUUGUGCUCCUCAUAGGCCGCUGAUGUUGGUCCUGUAGUGACAAAGCCUGGGCAAGGACGAGUCCAUGCCAUCCUGCAGCGAGCCACCUCUGACUGCUCGAAGCAGGUGCAGGAGGAACUCUGAUCUGCAUCCACAGCGGUGGGCAGGGAAGCCUGUCCCAGAAAGUUUCAGUGUGAUUCUUGUUUGUAGAAUAUCUUUAAUAGAUGAACGCCAUGUCAGCAUUGCUUGAAACAUGUUUAAAAUGUUUAUAACAUUGGGUAGUCUAGCCUGUGAGGAAUGACUCUAAAGAAACAGGGUUGGCUUUAGAAACGAGUGAUGAUGUUUUAUGUGGUACGAGGUGAACAGCAGCAGCUGGUGGUGUUGGGACACACAUGUGGCCAGCUGUUUCAUAUCCCAGUGUGUCCUCUGGUCAGUCCUCGGGGGUGGCCACACAUGCCACAACCACGCUUGCUGCUGCUGUUCAUUUCUUGUUGCGUAAAACGUUUUUGGGACUCGAGAGCCACUUACAUAAAAAUCAAUAAAAGCUUGAAAUCACUUCAGUUUUGGAAUAACAUCAGUAGUACCGACUUAGACGAGCCACUCCCCUGGUUUCUGCCCAGCUCUCUGUGUUGGUAAGGUGGCUGUGGUACUGGGGGUGUCGUUCUGGGGUCUCAGGGAUUUUCUGACCGCUUUGCCAGUGGCUCCCCUGUGCAUUGUCGCCUGGGCAGUUUGGGCCAACUCCCGGGUGGCUCUAGGAAAUCUGGCACUCGAGGAUUUGAGAUGUGAUCGUCUAGCCUUGUUACUUCAUGGUUACAUGUGUCCCAUGUGGUGCCUUAUAGAUACUGUUUUUAGAAUAAGUUUGUUGCAGAAUGUGACCCUGUGUGUAAACAUGUACCUGGCCUGGCGCAGGACACAGAGAUUGAUAUUAAUGUACUGUGUAUGUUAAUAUGAAUCUGUGGACAGGGAUACUUCUUUUCUAUGACAGGAAAUAUCCAGACUGUUUAGAACUGGCUAUGUUUUAAUAUGCCUCGUGCUUUUACUGUGUUAACGCUACUGUUAUGUAGAAUACGUGGAAUACCAGACAAAAUUUACAGUUCUGUUUGAUGUCAAUAAAGCAAGUACUUGUCGACUUUUUUGAAGUCA